AUGUCGGCCAUGCCGUCUCCCGAAUUGGAGAGUGGCUCGUUGCAGUCCGAGCAAUCUCCCGGUGACCCUCAAUUAGGGGUUCAGAAUAACUCGGGCGCGUUCGACCCGGGGGAUCAAGGUGGAGACUUCGACUCAGGGAUAGACCAAGCGGUCAAUGGCCCAACACCAGAUGCGAUUGCAGAAGGAAAGCAGAACGCGAAAGCCAUGCUAGAGGCAUCAGGAUCAUCGGAUGACUCCAAUGGCACCCCCCAGUCGAACGGCACAAACGGUUCCGCCUCUAGCAAGAAGCGAUCACGCAAUGGAUCCGUGAUCGCGUCCGCCGACCCCUCCACUGCUAUGCCUGUACGCGUUCGUGAGGCACCCUUGGACAAGAUUUUGCUAGAACAGUACGUCGACCGCGAGUUUCAGCAUUCGGCCGCAGCCGCGUGGCAUAACCCGACCCAGGAAUGGCAGCAGCAGAAGCGGACAGAGCGAGAUUUCUACCUGGCAUUGCGCCGGGAGAACCAGAUGAACCCGGGGGCCUUGUAUGGAGUGGGCUAUGAAGGCUUCGGAAAUCUGCGCACGGAUCUGCGUAAUCAACACUCACAGCUGUUGUACCCAUCCCAUCGACGACGGCCGGGAAACCGGAAGACACGGGAAUUACGCAUUUCACGUCGUGAUAUGAAAGUUCAAAGCGAACAAAACGAAGACUUGGUACCUAUUCGGCUUGAUAUCGACUGGGAGAAGGUCAAAAUCCGUGAUACUUUCACCUGGAAUCUGCACGACCGUGUGGUGUCGCCGGACCUGUUUGCCGAGAAACUGGUGGAGGAUCUGGGCCUCGCACUGGAGACAGCCGGUCCACUGAUGCGCAUGAUUUCGCAGAGCAUUCAGGAACAGCUGAUGGAUUAUUACCCGCAAAUCUUUAUUAACGAGGAACCUCUCGACCCCCACCUCCCGUAUAGCGCAUACAAAAACGAUGAGAUGCGCAUCUUGGUCAAGUUGAACAUCACCAUUGGCCAGCACACCCUGAUUGACCAGUUCGAGUGGGAUAUCAACGAUCCACGAAACUCGCCGGAGGAGUUCGCUCUGCGCAUGACGGAAGAGCUGUCCCUCUCUGGCGAGUUCACCACCGCGAUCGCCCAUUCCAUUCGCGAGCAGUCUCAGCUUUUCACCAAGUCACUUUACAUCGUCGCUCAUUCAUUCGACGGUCGUCCCAUCGAGGAUCCUGAUCUCAACACUUCUUUCCUCCCCACUCCAGUUGCUUCGGCUUUCCGCCCAUACCAAUCGGCUAAGGAACACACGCCAUAUCUCUACGAGUUGAAUGAGGCCGAUCUCGAGCGAACCGAAAUUUCAAUAUCACGAGAACAACGUCGACAGAAGCGAUCCAUUAAUCGUCGUGGUGGCCCCGCCCUCCCCGAUUUGAAGGAUCGCCAACGCACUAUUCGAACCAUGAUUGUCUCAUCGGUCAUCCCCAACUCGGCACCGUCCAUGGAAGAGAGCAAUGUGAUAAAGCGCUCUGGCUCUGGUCGUCGCCGCGGCAUGGCUGGAACACGAGAUGAUGAUUCGGACGACUUUGAUAGCGAUGAUUCCUCUGUAGGGUCACCAGCCAUUGGACCGAAUCUUGCCCAAGGCACUGCACGCACACGGGGCAUGAGAGGUGCGGCGACCGCAGCUCAUGCCGCCCUGCGUGCCAGUCUAGGACAAUCGGCGACCCCCGAACCGGUGGUAUCUGAGCCGCGGGUCUCGGCCCGAAGACAGCAAUACCGCGAGGAGAGUGUGGAGGAGCCUGAGAAGUUGAUUGUGAGGCUUAAGAUCUCCCGAGACAAGUUGGUCGACCUGAGGAAUGGAAAGCGAAUUUUUUCCUCCCCGCAACCCACCGCAUCCGCGCGAGCCAUGGCGCCUCCUUCCGACAAGCAAUCUCGCAUCCACCCACCUGUGCGACCACAACAGACCGGAGCAGUUGAUGCGCCAAACCCUCCCCAACCCGGGGUCUCUGGACCCCCACCACCCAACUGGCUUGCGGCCGGCCUCAACCGACUUAAGCAAUCUCAUCCCAAUGAUUCGUUUGAAGGAGUGAUGCGUUACUCGGCUGUGGAUAUGGAAACUUUGGCUCCCGUGGCCAAUCCCAAUAACCUUCAGUCGGGCCAGAAGAUCAAAUACCAAUACCUCCCCCGCAUCCGCUGCCACGAUUGUCCCGGGAAAUUGUACACCCCGGGGCCCGGUAUGACGGUCGACAACUUCGAAGUUCACCUCCGCAACCGACAGCACAAGGAGCGCGUGGAAGAACGUCUCCAGAAGACCGGAGGCGUUGUGCACUCCGAAACGGGCAGUGCAAGUGCCAGUCCAGGCGGCGGGACUCCUGCCAGCGCCAGCCCUGCCCUAGGCGCGACCCCCCAGCCAUAG